AUGCCGAAGCAAAGAGGGUUUCGCCCACAAGGGUUAAUAGCCCCAAUACAGAGAGUCAAAUAUACUGGGCCAACAAUAUUAGACAAAAUAAACCGAGAAAGUAGACCAACGUGGAGCGAUUUGAAAAACAGAAUUAAAAACCAAGCAGGGAAUAAUGUAUUAGAAGAAUAUGAAAAUGCUAAAUAUUUAGAAGAGUUAAAUAAAAAUAGAGAAGAAAAAAUAAAAGAGCAAGAAAAAAGAUAUAUAAAAAAAUUAAAAAAACAAUAUAAAAGUAAACAUAAGAAAAAAAGGAGCAAGGAUAGUAGUUCCAGUUCUAGUAGGAGUUAUAGUAGUAGUUCUUCUGAAAGAGAUACAAAAAAAAGAAAAAAAAAAAGCAAAGAAAAUAAAAAAAAAAGAAAAAAACAUAAAGAAUCUACUAGCAGUAGUGAUGAUACAAAUUCUAGUGCGUCAUCAGAUCAUGUGAAAAAAAAAAGCAAAAAAAGAAAGUCUUCAUCAGAUGAUAGUGAUAGUGAUAGGAAUAGAAAAAAUAAGAAGAGAAAAAAAGAUGAUAAUGUAAACCCUUAUAAGUUAUCAAGUUUCUUUAAAAUGAAAUGA